AGCGGCGGGGGAGGCUGCGGGCGCCGAUUGGCCGGCGCAAGUGUGGGAAAGAACGCGGAGCCGGGUUCACACGCCCCGCGGCGGCCAGGCCUUAAAUAGCAGCGCGAGCCGGAGCCGCGCGCGGGCCUGGAGCCGGGACCCGCCAGAGAAGUUCGGACAGCCGCCCGCGGCCCCCGGCCCGCGGCCCCCGGCCCCCGGCCCCCGGCGGCGCGCGCUACCCGGCGCAGGGAGGCGCGGGGCGCACCAUGCCCGCAGACACGCCGGGUAAGCCGAGCGCCUCGCCGGUGGCAGGAGCGCCGGCCAGCGCCAGUCGGACCCCGGACAAGCCGCGGAGCGCGGCCGAGCACCGCAAGUCCUCCAAGCCGGUCAUGGAGAAGCGGCGCCGAGCGCGCAUUAACGAGAGCCUCGCUCAGCUGAAAACCCUCAUCCUGGACGCUCUCAGGAAAGAGAGCUCCCGCCACUCGAAGCUGGAGAAGGCGGACAUCCUGGAGAUGACUGUGAAACACCUGCGGAGCCUGCGGCGCGUGCAGGUGACAGCCGCGCUCAGCGCCGACCCCGCCGUCCUGGGCAAGUACCGCGCAGGCUUCCACGAGUGUUUGGCGGAGGUGAGCCGCUUCCUGGCCAGCUGCGAGGGCGUCCCGGCCGACGUGCGCUCCCGCCUGCUCGGCCACCUGGCCGCCUGCCUGCGCCAGCUGGGGCCCUCCCGCCGCCCGGCCGCGCCGCCCCCCGCUGCCCCCGCCGCAGAGGCCCCGGCGCCCGGAGGCCCCUUCCCGCUGCUCGCGCCGCCGCCGCUGCCGGGCCUGACCCGGGCGCUGCCCUCCGUCCCCAGGGCGGGGCCGCAGGGCCUGGGCGGACCCUGGCGGCCGUGGCUGCGGUGACGUGCAGCCCUGGGACCGCCUCCGAUGCCGCGCCCCGUUUUAGGGCCGGGACCUUUUCUGAGACCGUACCGGGGAACACGUAUUUAUGACUGCAGAGGCCACGUCGCGAGUUUUCCUUGUUUCGUCUUUGUGAAGAGUGGGCUUCGGUGGCGUCGGGGGUCCCGCCCUCCCAGGGAGGCCGAUGUCCGCAGGUGGCUGGGGCGUCGGGAGGGCCCGGGGCGACCCUCUCCGCGCCCCUGCAGCCCCUCCGCGCGGACGCCCACUGCUCCCCCGUCGGGUUUGCGUCGCUCCGCGGUGCGGUUCUGAGGGGUCCCCCGGGGGCUCGGGCGGGAAGGCGAGCGUCCCUGAGUGUCCGGACUGUGUCCGGCGCUGGAAGGCGGUCGCGCGGCAUCUCGGGGCGUUCCUUUUUUCGGCGGUUCCUCUCCGGACUCCCAGUCCCCGGACCGCGGAAGGCGGAGGCUGAGCUGAGCCCUAACCCUUCGCCCUGAAGCCUCCCGCUGGGUUUUCCUGCUCGUGCGGAGCGGCCCGUGCCCGCCGCAGACCCCUCCCCGGGCUCUGUGCUGGGGAGGGUUCGGGGCCGAGCCGGGGUGCGGACACCAGGUGCCCGGACCGAGGACGUGGCUCCCGAGGGCGUCGGGCCUGCCCGCAGCCUUCCCUGCCACCCUCCAGCGGGUGAGGACUGGGGGCUCCUCCGGACUUGGGACUCCUCCUCACCGGCCCUGAGCACGUGCCGUUGGCGACCACCGAGUUUCCAGGCAGCGCCGUGCGUCCCCCUGAACCACCACCGCCAUCCCGGGUCCCGUGCUCCCCGGGGCCGAGGCAGAGGAUCUCCCUCGAGCCCCGCCGAGGGCCGUUUCCCAUCAGCGGCUGAGUUCACCGGGGCCCACGGGAGGCGAGGGAGAGUCCCACCAGCACGGGGCCUCGAAGGCUCCAGUCGUGCCUCCAGCAGGAGCCCCCGGGACCCUCCAGGACACAGCCUCGGGGCACACCUCGCAGGAGCCUCCCAGGCGACCCUGUUCUCUCCUCUGAGCUCCCAAGGACCGGCCAGUGACCCUGAGCCGGGGUAGCACUGGGCUGCGAGCCGCACCCUUGGUCCACCAGCAGUCCUGCCCCGGGAGUCCGGGUCCCAGGGGAGCCUCAGAGUAGCCCUUCUUGGGAGCCUGGGUACCAGCUCUGUGAGGGAGGCCACCUCAGCGGGCUGGGGGAGGGGAGCUGCUCAGAGCAGGCGUCAGUGCGGAACGGGAGGGAGGACCUGGGAGUGGGGAAGGAGCCUGGGCAGGAGGGGCACCCUGCAAAGUCACCCAGGCUGUGGGUCCUAAGAGGCAGGACAGCUGUCCACCAGACCCCAGCCUCGAAUGCCCUCCACCUCCUCUGUGGCUCUCCAGGGGCCACUCAGGUUCUGGGGAAUCACAGUCCUUGGGCAAGCCUGUGGCAGUCUGGGUCACUCUGUACUCAGCACCCGUCCCCCAGCUUUCCCUGACUUUCCUCCUAACUCGUGAUCCAUCCCAACUGCCUAUCAUCUGGGCCCGGCUCCAGUCUGUCCUGACACUCUGUCCCCGGCACCUGCCCCAAACGGGGAAAUGAACCCACAGGGACCUAACCCGACCAUCUGAAUGACAGAGCUGGGAGGAUUGGGCUACACCAGGGAGGUCUCAGGAAGCACAGCCAGGCUGGGCAGGCGGCAUGGGCCCCCUCUAGGAUUCCCCUUUCUCAGAGUUCCCCCCCGCCCCCCCCC